UGCGACCAUUCUUUGGAGGUGGCGGCCCUGUUCGCGACAGUGAUGCUUGGGAAGCCUAGUAAAAAUUAGGGCGGGCUCGAGGUACAAGGAAUGGCGACGCCGCGGGAUCUCGGCUACUACAUGCCGGCCGAGUGGGAGCACCAUUCUGGCUGCUGGAUGGGUUGGCCGGAACGCACUGACAAUUGGAGAGACGAUGCGAAGCCCGCGCAAGCUGCUUUCGUCGAGGUCGCUACCGCGAUUUCUCGAUUCGAGGACGUGACUGUGUGCGCAAGCGUUGCUCAGUGGGAGAAUGCGAGGAGCCAGCUACCCGAGCGUGUCCGUGUGAUCGAGAUGAGCAUGAGCGACUCGUGGUUCCGGGACACGGGACCAACCUUUGUAGCGAAGAGAGUACGUUUGCCAGGCGCCGGUGGUGGUACUGCUGGAAUCGACUGGACUUUUAAUGCGUGGGGAGGAGCUACUGCUGGAUGUUACAGAAACUGGGAAUUCGACAGCCUCGUUGCUAGAAAGAUCCUCGAAGUUGCACGUUUGCCACGAUUCUUGCACACAAUGAUCCUGGAAGGGGGUGCUAUUCAUGUUGACGGCGAAGGGACCUGUUUGACGACGGAAGAAUGUCUGCUGAAUCCAAACCGAAAUGCGAGCAUGACAAAGCAAGAGAUAGAGGAACAGCUGAAGCUCUACUUGGGAGUUGAGGCUGUUAUUUGGCUGCCACGAGGACUACAUGGCGACAACGACACAAAUGGCCACGUUGACAACAUGUGUUGCUUCGUGAGGCCGGGUGUGGUCCUACUCUCUUGGGUGGACGACGAAGCUGAUCCUCAGUACGAACGAUCUCUGGAAGCUUUCAACUUGCUCACCUCGUGCAAGGAUGCUAGAGGCCGAUCGCUGCAAGUCGUCAAGAUCCACAUCCCAGGCCCGCUCUACAGAUCUCCGGAGGAAGCUGCUGGUGUCAAGGAGCUCAGUGCUGUGUCAAGACCAGCCGGAGAACGUCUCGCAGCUUCAUACGUGAACUUCUACAUCGCAAACGGCGGCAUUGUUGCACCGGCUUUCGGCGACGCUGCCAGAGACGAACAAGCCUUCAAAGUUUUGAGCGAAGCUUUUCCAAACCGUAAGGUGGUGAUGGUGAAGCGAGGGAGAGAGAUCGUUUUGGGCGGUGGGAACAUCCACUGUAUAACUCUACAACAACCGUCUGGACUCUAGCGGCGUAUGUAUGAGCGGAAGUAUCCACGUACGGUGGGGCCGGAGAAAGCUACGCACGCGUUUGUUACAUACGACGAUGGCAAAUACUCACGUGGGCAGCUUUGAAGCAGGCAAGGAAAUUAUGCGCUGCCGCCCAUGUUAGUGUGGAACCUGGGAACAUCCAAAAAGUAAAAUAAAGUGGAGUGGAGGUCGUGUUUGAUUCGCGUUUCUAAAAGACCGUCUCCUGAAACCAGUCCCAGGAACUUGUCAUGAAGAUGGGUGUUGCGAAAUUCGAGACUUUGAGAGACCCAAGUCAAAACCAUCUGGAAAUGUGGUGAUCCCAGCGAUUGAUCCCUGGAUCAUUCAGUUCCAGUGCGGUGAUGGAUCACUCACUCACUUCAUUGCGAGAGAUGAUGUAAAAGCCAUUGUCUGUUCUGUGCGUGAUGAAAGAGAGAUUUCUUUUGCCUGUC